UGAAGCUCACGCUCCGCCCAGAAUGGCGCCUCUGGCCUCUCUCUUCCUUCCUCGGUCUUCUUGAUAUCAAAACUGGUGUUAUUAUCGUCCUUCUGUUCGCGGUUCUGAACAAGGUCGCAGGCGUCUAUGGCCUCAUCGCAGUCCUCACCGGCGCUGGAGGCUCCUUUGCUCAGCUCAGUCUAUACAUCUACUCCGUACUCGCUCUCGUCGCCUUUGCAUGGGGUCUGCGGCUGGAGGAUGCUAAGAAGACGUUCUACUUCGCGCACCUAUUCUUCAUCGACCACAUCUUCUCUACUUCCUGGACACUCUUUUUCGCGCUUGACUGGUGGCUCUGGCAGCCGCACGAUGGAAGACGUCAGGCCAACUCUGCGGCGCAGCAAGCGAUGAUGGAACACGGCAAUAGUACUAUGACAGAUGAACAACGCAGAGAAGCCGCCAUGGCUAUCUGGAAUCAUGAGAAGGGCCUUGCUGCUGCAGUCAUCAUUGUUUCCUGGAUGUUCAAGGUAUACUUCGCCCUUCUCAUUUACUCAUUCGCCAUGCACCUGAGGCAAGGAUCGUACCGUUCCCUCCCUCUCUCGCGAUCUGUCUAUGCUGCCUCUCAUACCCAGUCGCAAACGGCAUAUGACGCCCUCGCGGAUGCGGAAGACGAAGAUAUUGAAGACUUCUACCGUGUCCCAUUAAAAACACCGCCUCCUUCCGGUCAUCGUCGGGGUGGAAGCACAAAUAACGCGUCCAUCACCAGCUUCGCCGAUUUCGUCAGUGCACCUGGCCGGACACCGCGCAAGAAGGGUUUCGGCAGCAUCAGCAUGCCCAGAAACCGCGGCAUUGAGGAAGAAGUGCUGUUCGAUGAGGACGAGGGAACGUAUGCUGCAUCUGCUUCUUCUCGCGCCCAUUCGAAACUAGGCACGGACAGCAGCACUACAGCUGCCAGCGAUGAAGAGCGUGCCAUCAGCGGCUUCGGUUCCGAAGGUGGGAGAGGGAGACGAUAGA